UAUCACUGAUAGCUGUUUUAUUUCUCUAAAAAAAAUUAUUAAAUUUCUGCUUUACUUCCGGUCUGUUUAAAGGGAAGAACGGAAUCUCAGGAAUCCGUCAAGUUUCCUAAUAAAAAUGUCAACUCCUGACGUGCAGAGGAUCGAACAAUCGUCCGCUGGAGACACGUCCCUAGAUCAAUCAGCUGAUCUGUCAUAUGAUCAGUCAAAGCUUGAUCUCUCAAUUGACCACUCGGAUCUCGCUGCAGGACAGCCCAGUAAACCACCCCAUGUGGCUUCGGUCAGAAACUUGAAUCUCAAUGGUCAUGUGGGUUUUGACAGUCUCCCUGACCAACUGGUCAACAAGUCUGUGGCCCAGGGGUUCUGCUUCAACAUCCUCUGUCUGGGUGAAACAGGCAUUGGGAAGUCCACUUUGAUGGACACCCUCUUCAACACCCAUUUUGACUCCACCCCCAGCACACAUGAUCUACCAGGGGUGAAACUCAAGGCCAGUACUUACGAGCUACAAGAAAGCAAUGUUAGGUUAAAGUUGACGGUCGUUGAUAGUGUUGGUUUCGGGGACCAGAUCAACAAGGAAGACAGCUGGAAGCCUAUCGUGGACUAUAUUGAUGCCCAAUUUGACAACUUCCUGAGUGAAGAACUGAAAAUAAAGAGAUUGCUCCAUAACUUCCAUGACACGAGGAUCCAUGCCUGUCUGUACUUUGUGGCUCCCACUGGACACUCACUGAAGGCCCUGGAUCUGGUCACCAUGAAGAAACUAGAUAACAAAGUUAACAUCAUCCCAGUCAUCGCUAAGGCUGACACCAUUACAAAGGUUGAACUGCAGAAAUUUAAACAGAAGAUCAUGAACGAGCUGAGUUCUAAUGGUGUCCAGAUCUACAGCUUCCCCAUAGAUGAUGAGACUGUGGCCGAGGCCAACAAAGUCAUGAAUGGACAUGUCCCAUUUGCAGUGGUUGGAAGCAGUGAUGAAGUCAAAAUUGGGAACAAGAUGGUUAAAGCCAGGCAGUAUCCUUGGGGAACAGUACAAGUGGAGAAUGAAAAUCACUGCGACUUUGUCAAACUGAGGGAGAUGUUGAUUCGAACCAAUAUGGAAGACAUGAGAGAGACCACACACAGCAAGCAUUAUGAACUCUUCCGCAGAAACAAACUGCAGGAAAUGGGCUUCUCAGAAAAUGAAUCCAAAAGUUUGUCGGAGACGUAUGAGUUGAAGAGACAACAACACUUGGCUGACUUACAAAGAAAGGAAGACGAAAUGAGACAGACGUUUGUCAUUCGAGUUAAAGAGAAAGAGGCUCAACUCAAAGAGACAGAGAAAGAGUUACAUGACCGAUUUGAUGCACUAAAGAAGAAACAUGCUGAGGAGAAGAAGAAAAUUGAGGAUAAUAAGACGCGGUAUGAGAGUGAAAUGCAGGCAUUCCAACAGCGCAAGGCUCAGCAUCAGGCUCAGAUGUCCACCCUCGGAAAGAAGGGCAAGAAGUGAACGUCACCCAAACUCAUGCCUUAUUACAGAGUGGUGCAGUUCAACAUGGAUCAAAAUUUUUCAUCAACUUCAAACAUAAUUUCUGCAUUCUGAAUCUCCGUUUUUGUUUUUUUUUGUUUUUUUUUUUGUGUUGUUGUUCCUUCAGAAGGGACCAAUGUUUUCUUGAUCAUUGUAUUUAUAUUAACAAAUUUAUUUCGUCAAUACCAUAGCUGAGAAUGGGCUUCCACUUUAAUACCCUGUUUGAAUUUUUUAUUUUUAGUAAGGUUGCUUUUGUUGACUCGCUAUGCACUCAUUCAAAAACAGAGGACAGUGUGGAAGAUGUCUUGAUAAAAUCAAGAGUUUGUCAAAAUUUGUCAAAAUAUGCUUAAUUUUUACCAUGAAUUCUGUAAAACAUGCGCAGUCUCAAUGAUAUGUGAGAUAAUGAAGACUCCGCCAGAAAUGGUCCGCGAUUGACUGUUGUGUAGCUUUGAUUUUGUGUUGUGGGUUGUACUCAGUAUUGCUAGUGUCUUGGUACUCAGUAGUGCCCCGUAGAACUAAAUGUGUAUCGUGUCAACCACUGCCAGAUGUGUAUCAGAUAUAUACCGUGCAUGUUACUGACCAAGGUCUGAGAAGUUGUGACAUAAACGACCCGUGAAGUGAUUGUGUAUCUGCAUCUCAGAUUUUAACAUGUACCAAAGGUUCAUCAUUCACAAUCACAUAGUCAUAACAUUAUGAUUAUCAUCCAUAUUUAUGAAUGUAUUUGUAAUGACAAUUUUUAUUUGUGUACUUUGAUAUGCUUGCCUUAUUACCAUAGGUUCAUUAACUACUUAAGUAAAAGUGUCAUUGUUUUCUUAUUAAAUGCUGUUUUUUGUUUUGGCACUGAUUCCGUUUAGAUCUGAUAAGUUCUCUAUGUUAAAUUUGUUUUUGCACAAGUAUUUGAACUGAUUCCAGCAAGAGAAAUCCUUUAAAAUUUGUCUAGUCAGCAUUUAUUUGAAAUAAAUGAUGGAACAAG